GUUAUGUUCCCUUUGAAUAAUCAUUGGAACCAAUAUGGUGUGGUUUGUACUUUGUCAGGGGCAACACCAAAGGGCAUAUUGAAGGUAAUGACGGCUAUGGGGAUUUCAGAGUUGAGUAUUUAUCACGUCAAAAGCCACUUGCAGAAAUACAGGAUCUCCAAAUUGAUUCCAGAGUCCACUACAAGAGGAAAGACUGAGAAGAAAAGCAUAUCAGAUAUACUGCCAAAUUUCUGUUCUAUAUCUGCUCUUCAGCUAAAGGAAGUCCUUCAAAUGCAAGCAGAGGUGCAAAAACGCAUGGAUGACAGAGUUGAGGUUCAAAAAAUCUUGAAGCUGAAAAUUGAAGCACAAGGAAAGUACCUAGACAGAAUUGGACAAAGUAAUCAAAGCAGAACAAUUACAAGAAAAGCUUUCAAGCCUUUUGUUGGCAAAGCUACACAUCUGCCCUCUCUUUCUGAGGAAUCUGAAUCCUUAAAAACACAAUCUGAGGAAGAACAUCAAGCAGCCAAAAAGCUAAAGAACAUAGAUGAUGAUGUUUUGCCUACAGGUUUUGAACUAGGACCAUCAACAGUCUCAGAAUUCUGCAACCAAACCUGGAAUAACCUUUCUUGGAUUCAGCUAGCUGAAACAACAUGCCAAUCACCUUUGGUGCCUGGUUUCUUAUUAUAAUAGGUUUUGUAUAAUUAGAAUAAAUGUUUGCCUAAUAAAAAAGUUUAUGAUGAUGUCCAUCUUAUAUACAAUGUUUGCUUGAUCUUUUUAUGGUCCUUCAAAGCAUUUUCAUAUGGAGAUUUAUGUUUGAGGGCCUAGAAAUGAACAAUGUUCUGUAUAUAUUGUUGGAUGAAAAUAAAAGGUUCAACAGAAUCACACAUCAUAUGUGUAUAA